AUGCUUAUAAAAAAAUACUCAGUAGAUAAGCAACAUUUUUAUAGAAUAACAACUUAUUCUUCUUUUAUACAAAUUGAUUAUCCAUGUAUUUUAUCAGGAGAUAACUUUAGAACACCUGCAAUACAUGAUCCACCAUCCAAAUUGAAAUUUCUUAUUUAUGAGGAUUAUUCACUAAUAGAUGAACUUUAUCUUUCUAAACCCACCCUUGGUGUAUUAUUUUUAAAUAAAAAAAUAAAGAUUUAUUGA